AUGGCGUCCGCCCAGGACGACGCCGCGCUUGGCGUGACAGAGAGGCAUACGGAGCCCAAGCAACGUCGGCGCCCACGGACCUCUGCCUUCAGCAGUGUAGAGCUUCACGAACGCUUUGAGCAACACGUGGCACAGGCGCAAAACCUUUUUCUUCAGAAUGACAAGGACGGCGCCGAACGCGAGGCGACCCUGGCCUUGCGCAUCCACCCCACGGACCACCUCUUCGCUCUCCUUGCCGUCAUUGCCGACUCCAAAGGCCAACGCGAUCGCGCCAGUGAUUUUCGACUGCUGCAGGCGUUUUUGGCAAAAGACACCGUGCUGUGGGAGGAGCUCUUGCAUGAAUUCCUGCAGGAGGAGUUGUACUAUAAAUCUGCCGUGUGCCUACAACGGCUUUCGGCGCUAGAGACGAAGGACAAGACACGCUACCGCACCCUGCAGUUGCAGCUGGCGGAUCUUUACAUUGGUCUGGGCGAGUUUAAGCGGGCUGCCAAUAUUUUGGUUCCGCUGUGGAACGGCAGCCGGUGUCGCGACUUUGAGGUGUUUGCGUUGUUGUCCUCCCUCUUCUUCCAGCUGGGCCGGUGGAAUUCCCUGCAUCGGUUAAUCGAAUCCAGCCUGAAAAAUACCUUUCGAAGCACUGCGGCGGUGGACACGGAGAGGCGGCCGAUCGACGCCGCCGCUGCAAACGCGUCUGCAGGCGGCGAUGGCGAGGCUCUCGCUCCUGCUCCUGCUCCUGCUCCUCCUGCUUCUCAGGCGAAGCGGAGGACCUCUAAGCGGGUUCGCUUCUUCGGCGACGACGAGAAGGACGAGGGCACGGACGGCGAUGCAACCAUCCCCGUCGCAGCGACGGCGGAGGAGGUGGCGGGGGCGGCGCAGCGGCAGCCGGGCACAGAGGCGGACUCUGCCCCUCGCGCGGUUGCCGAUUCGUCUCCGCCGCCGGGUGAGGAGGAUGAGUUUGACUUUUCAAGUCUUGCCGGCGGCGGCGGCGGCCCCAAGACGCUGGAAACGGCGCCGUCAAUGGUGGUCAACUCUCUCUAUGGAGACACCAUCGAGCUCCGCACCCCGACGGCAAAGCGGAAUUUUCUCACCCUCGUCAACGUGCACGCGGAGCUGCUCAACGAGGAGGGAAAGUUUCUCGACACCGUGCGCCUUUUAGAGUUCACCGCCGGCUGCCUGCAGGUUCCGUUACUCGAACUGCCGCCGGAGCUGCUUGUGCGCCUUGGAGUUGCCUACGCAUUCCUGGGAGGUUUCGAACAGCAGUGUCGGGAAGUUUUUCAGCACCUGGUUUACACCUGCCCCAUGGCCGAAUACGGCGAUGUGUUGUACGAUGCUGCCAUUGCCUUGCAGCAUGUGGGGUUGCACGUGGAGGCGCACAUGCUUUUUCAGACCCUGCGCCGCUACCAUGAGUUCUGCCUCUCCAGCCUCACCAACGGCGCCACCGCGGGGGAUGGUAAUGGCAACGGUGCUGAGGACGCAAAGGAGCUGCGGGGUGCUGAUGAGGAGGAGGUGGCGGAGGUGAAAACCGUCUUUGCGGCAAGUUUGUUUGCCGAGGGGCAAUGUGAGGCUUCGCUGGGGAAUUCUGAGGUGGCCUACAACGACUUCUGCCGCGUGUUGGAGGUCGACCCCGCACACCUGCAGGCGCGUCUCGCGCUGGGUCGCAUGUACAUGUAUGAAAUGAAAGACACCGACCGGGCCGUGGCGGUUCUCACGCCGCGUGAGGACGAGCAACCGCUGGAGCGCAUCCAACUCGCCGCGGAGCUUGUGCGUGUUUUCGCCCGUGCGGAGAAGCACGUUGAGGCAAUUGCGCUGGGCGUCUCCAUCUUUGAGCUCAUCUUCUCCGGCGAGGAGGGCGGCGACGCGGAGUCCGUCGCGCCAGGCUCCUCGCGCCGCAGCGCCGCCGCACUCUCGAUGCCGACGCUUUCGCGGGCCAGUUCCGCCAUCCUCCCCCCCGCGGCCAUCGCCGACAUCGUGAACGGGCCACGCCUAGGUAGCGCGGCGUCGUCGGUGGGGCGGCUCUCACACACCCUCGCCACGUCCAUCAAGGCGGCCAGCGCCGUCUUCCGCACCAGCUUGGCCCGCCGCGGCUACGCGCCGCUGACAAACUCCGUCUACGGUGCCUCCGCGGCGGCGUCGACGGCGGCCGGCUGGGUGCGGGCCGACGAGGAGGAGCGGCUGAAGGACAGUUCGACCAUCUUCCGCUUCAAUCGCACGCGGAAGCGGCUGAAGCGGCCUCGCCUGGCGAGCCAAGAGGAGCAGGCCCGCGGCCCGCACACUGGCAGCGACGCCGAGGCGGAGGUGAAGCAGGAGCCCCAGCACGGCGAUGGGGAUGAGAAGCAAACGUGGCAGGCAAAGAAGCGCCAGCGCGUGGAGGAAGUGACGCACCGCGGCGCCGACUCCUUCUGGAGGGAACAGAAGGAAGAAGGUAAGGCCGGCGAGGAAACGACAAACAAUUACAACCAACACGGCGACACCGUGCGCCUCAGCGGAGAGGGUGAGGCGGAGAGGCCGCCUCCUGCAGUCUGUGGGCAGGAGAAGGAAGAAGCGGAGGAGGAACGAGACCUGGCGGAAUUGGAGGAGGAGGCGAUGCUGCACGGCAACGAGGAUGAUGACACCGCGACGCAGUAUGAACUUCCAUCGCUGGAGGAGGUGAGCAGGCAGUUUGACGACCCCGCAAUGCAAGAGCUAUUUAUGAAGGCGUCCAGCAACGAGGUGACGAUCGCGCCACGCAAUCCAUGGGAGCCAAACCUUCCCGCUCCGUCUCCGAUGGGUGCUGCUGGCGGCGCUGCUGCCGCUGGUGGUGGUGGUGGUUUGGGUGCCGGCCCAUUCGCCGCUUCCGCGCUGCGCGUCACGGUCCGCGACGCCUUGGGUGUGCUUGGGCGGGUCGGCUUCGUGGAGCUUGCUGUCACCGUGAUUAACUGCUACAGCGCGAUUGGGAAGUUUACCGAGGCGAAGGAGUUUGCGUUUCUUGUGCUGAUGCGGUGCCCGCGAACCAGCGUCUUUCGCCACGCCGGGGUUCUCGAGCGACCGUUGCGGCUGGCUGUGCUGAGGGCGGCGCUGGCUUCAAAGGAGAGUGAGGACGCCUACCGCGUGGGCGUUCGCCUGCUGCAGGAGCACUGCAGUGAGGCGGAAAAGGAGCAAGUGGUGGAGCUUCUAUUUGGCGUGCUGAAUCGCGUGGGGGACGGCAGCGCCGUUCUGCUUCGCCUCGUUGCGGACCGCAAUAAGGCUGAUCCACAGAUGCUCGUUCUACUCGGCAACCGGUACUUUCUUCGCCGUUCCUACGUCCACGCCCUGAACUUGUACCUCGCGGCCGCGCAGAGGCGCCCGAGUGACGUCCUUGUCUGCUUCCUUAUUGGGUUGUCCUACCUGCUCAUUAGCCACCAGAAAAAGAUCCGGGCCCGUGAGGCCUGCGUGGUCGCUGGGUGGCAUUACCUGUCGCGCUACCAGGAGCUGGCGCGGGCCGUUGACGCGCGGCGCGCGGGCGAGGCCGUGUACAACUGCGCCAGAGCAUUACAGUACCUCGGCCUGCACCACCUGGCGGUGCCGCUGUACGAGCAGGUGGCCUACGAAUUCGGCGUCCCUGAGCACUGUACCGUGGCGCUGCAGCGGGCCGCGAGGUUUAACCUGUACUUUACAUACCGGUGGCGCACGGGAAACGCGGCACUGGCAAUGGCCGCGCUGCACCAACCGCAAGGUGCAAAAAUGAACACCUCUCCACUGGACAGCCCUGCACCCGUCUAG